GAAGAGGACGUAAACAGCGCUCAUGGGUGACCUGUGGCUCUCGUCUAGCACAUAGCAUGAUCGGUGGUGGUUAGCUUAAAUACUGUCCGAGAUCUGAAUGCGAUGACACAAGCAGGGGAGCUUCCGGGGGCAACAUGACGACACUGAGGAGGAUCGGUUCACGGUUAGCACUCCUGCAGAGGCCGUGCGCACGCAGCGGCCAGAGAGCAGCACCCUGCAGCCUCCCACACACGCCUCACCACGCUGCGGCAGUGAAGAGCGCGUCUGCGGUGCUGUCCAGGGCGUUUGCACUGUCUGCAUGGAGGCUAAAGAAUACGGAGGACUCCAGCUGUGGUCGCCACACGGGAUUCACCGAGGAGGAGGAGGAGGAGGAGGAGGGUGAAGAUUUCAUUCAUGACAGCGAGGUGGAGGAGCUGUUUCUGCAGCAGGUCCCUGCAGGCAUCGGAGAGGGCCAGCACAGGGUGUUCAUCGUUCACCCCGAUGUGAAGUGGGGAAGCAGGAAGCAGCAUCUCACCACAGCCGAGCUGAUGAUGGCCGAGGCCGUGGGGCUGGUGAACACUUUAGACAACUGGAAAGUGGUGGACAAGAUCAUCCUCUCCACAAAGACACCAGAGAAGAAGAGGAUAUUUGGCAAAGGCAACUUCCAGACUCUUGCAGAGAAAAUCAGGCAAACUGCAGGAAUCACUGCUGUGUUUGUGAAUGUUGAACGUCUGUCUCCUUUGUCUGAGAGGGAGCUGGAGGAAGCCUGGGGCGUUAAAGUCUUUGACAGAUACUCAGUGGUCCUCCACAUCUUCCGCUGCAACGCCAGGACUAAAGAAGCCAAGUUACAGAUCUCUCUGGCUGAGAUCCCCUUGUUAAGAUCUCGUCUGAAAAAUGAAAUCGCUAACUUGGACCAGCAGGGUGGAGGAUCGAGAUACAUCGGAGGCUCAGGCGAGACGCUGGUGGAGGUCCAGCAGAGACUGCUGAAGGAGCGGGAGAUGAAGAUUCGCUCAGCGUUGGAAAAACUGCGGAAAAAGAGGCACCUACUGCGAGCGCAGCGUAAACACAAGGAGUUCCCCAUCGUCUCUGUGCUAGGAUAUACAAACUGUGGAAAAACGACCCUGAUCAAAGCGCUUACUGGUGACAGUGGUCUUCAACCCAGAAACCAGCUUUUCGCCACACUGGACGUCACCGUCCACGCCGGCCGGUUGCCCAGCCACAUGACUGUUCUGUACGUGGACACCAUCGGCUUUCUGUCCCAGCUGCCCCACCAACUCAUUGACUCCUUCUCUGCCACCCUGGAAGAUAUUAAACACUCAGAUCUGCUGGUUCACGUCAGAGACGUCAGUCAUCCCGAGACAGUGAAUCAGAAGGUGAACGUACUGAAAGUCCUCAAGAACCUGCAAAUCCCUGACAGGCUGAUGAGCUCCAUGAUAGAAGUCCACAAUAAAAUUGACCUUAUUGACAACUAUCAGUUUACAGAGCCCAACGCACUGCCCAUAUCUGCCUUGGAGGAGCGAGGCCUCGAUGAGCUGAAGAAAGCAGUGGAAGAAGAGAUUGUUAACUCUACAGGAAAGCACAUUUUAGACCUCAAAGUUGACCUCAGCACUUCCCAGUUAAGUUGGCUGUACAAGGAGGCCACCGUUCAGGACGUGCAGGUGGAUGCAGAUGAAGGCUCGGCCGUUGUCAAGGUCAUCAUCAGCGCCGCCGCUUACGGACGCUACAAGAAACUGUUCGCAGGGAGAGAGCAGCAGCAGUAGUGGGGAGGAGGGUGAUGCAGAUUCAAAUAACUCACGGGUCCAUGCAGACGGCAAACUGUACUACAAACAGUGUAUUUAUUGUACAGUAUAAUAUAUUGAACACACAUAAGAAUGAUGUACGUUCUUGUAAACAUAUAUAAAGUGUAGAUUCAAAACAAAGAUUGUUGUACAGUUAAGUACAGAAACAUUUCUUUUAGUUAUAAAUUGACGUAUAGACAAGAGAAAAUGAGGUAUACAGUGGCUAUUCUGGGAUCAGUUCCCGUGGAAUGAAAUCACAGCUAAGUGGAUUUUUUAUCUGACGGCGUUCUUCUUAGAAGUUUUUGGUUCAGUGCGAUGACCACAGAGCACAGCGGGAGUGGACCCACAAAGUCUCCAGCAAUGAUGUUGAGGCUCUUGGGGUCCGACCCGGGUCGCUGCUUCUCCAGCCACUUCCUCAAACACUCCCAGUUACUGAAGGUCAGCGUCCGCAGGGAUUGCUUCAGGUUCACCGUGAUGUAACACCGGUCAGCCGUCAGGUUCAGGCCAGAGACGAAGAAGCCCUCUGGAAAAUAAACAAAACAGAAAACAUAGUAUGUUCGUGAACACACACCAGGAAGCACACAUAAUACGCUUCAGUGUUAGAUGCUCCGCUCGGUGCAGUAAAUAUCCCGGAAGAGGCCAAAGUGUAAAUGAAACUCACCUGGACGUCCCAGGUCUUUGUUCCAGUCCAGGUAGCUGAUAACUUCUUGUGCUGUGCGCUUGUUGGCCCACCAGUAGGGGAUGGCAGGCCACAGCUCCUGAUGCCCCACUGCAAUAUUGGAGUCAUAGGACAGGAUAACCUGGUAACCAGAUGCCCACAGACUCCGCAAGGUCAGGACUGAUUCCUGUGGAGGGCACGAUAGGUUUCGUAAGGCAUUAUGUUGUCUUUACUUUCACCGUAAAUCAGCUGUACAAGGAGAAAACUAACAUUCUGGGGGCAGAGUUUUGAGCCGAAAAGCUUCUUCAGGGAGAAAAUGAAUGCUUUGUGGAGAUUGUCGUCAAUUCCCUCAAAAUUGCAGCAAGCAAGAAUAACUAUCUCCUUUGGGUGAGAGUCCAGCCAGGUGGCAACAGACGACAGUGUUUCCUGUAGAGGAGAGAGAUUUACUGUUAACAUGCCAAAAAAGCCCAAACUGAAACUUUAAGAUGAUUAUACGCACCAAGACUAUUAAAUGUGUGUAGAUGAUGUGUGUGAAGUACAAGUCGCUGGACGAGUCGUUGGGUUUGUGCGCAAUGCGUAGAUCGAAGAACCGAAUCCCCAUCGAAAGUUGCUCCUCGAUGCUUUUGUCCUGCAAGGACGAGCAAUUCAUAAAACAUGCCUGAAAAUACUUUCACAUCUACAAUUCCAGGAAACAUGUUUGGAGAGACAACGUAUUUAAGUAUAUUUGUUCAUAAUUGAUAUAAAAUUAAAAUGCCUUUCAUAUGCAAAUGAAAGUGGUCACGUGCCGUGACGAACCCUCAGAGAAUCAUCACUCGACUCUGCAGUUCCCUUCAGGUAAACAGCGUUUUAGUGCCUUUAAGCUAAUUGGUUUGGUUGUCUGGCCUGCAACUGACCUAUUUUAGUAAACAAACACAUGAUUUGGAUCUUAAAGCUUUGUGGCUGACUGAAACUACAACUGAGAUACAAGUGAAUAAACUACAAACCCUGAAAAAAACACAUCCCCCUCAGGACUACAGGGGUGAGUUUAAUCUCGCAAAGGUUUGCUACAGUUUCCAGAUUUAACGACGUGUGCCCUCGAAAAGGUGUGCAACGUUUUCUCCCGUUUGGUGGCUGUGUCAGAGGUGUUACCCAAUCAGCAGCAACAUGUACAAUAACACAGCUGUAUUGAAAAGACAGUAAAGUUUUUUCAAGGCACCAUUUAUGUUUAACUCAACGUUUUGUGGGGCUGAACUCAGUCCUGGCCACCCUGUCAGACUGCCAAGUGGUUUCUGGGAGGUUGAGUGCGAAAACCCCACAGCAACACCUUCUUAGUCCCAUAGAGGUCCUCACAGCACUCUGAAAUAGUCAGCACAAUUUGUCUGGCAACUGAUAAUCUUUAUACAUUUAUACCAUACAUACCUGCGUUGUAGUCCAUCUAAAAAUGACAGGUCUGGUAAAGCAGUGGAAAAGUCCAUCCAAGAGCCUAAAAAACUCAGACUCAGAUGGGACCAAUGGGGAGUUUAUGUCCAGACAGUAACUCAUGGCAUCAUGGCUCCCUGGGUAAACAGGUGUGAAUAGACAUAUUAAAGCUGAACUGGGAGAGACUGGUUUCUAGUAGUUAACCUAACCACUAGCCUAAAAUGCACAACAUUUGUGUGACUAUGUGCAGAAGAUAAUGGCAUGAUAGAUGGUGAUUUGCUCCCCUGAGUAGCACCAGUUUUACUAGAAUGGAGAAUUUAAAUGAAUAACUUAAUUGCUAACUGCUGCUUGAAUUAGUAGAGUUUUUAUAAAUGUUAUAGUACCACAAUUUUAAUAGGAUGUUUUAAACAAUUUUAAAUGAUGUGAGGUAGAUUAAUCCUGUAUUAAGACAGGAAGUAUUCUCCUUAUUUAGUUCUUGAAGAAAUAUCACUCUUUUUAUGUUUAUAUUAAUUGAGGAAUUUUCUAUGAAUAAAAUACAUUUUCUUAUUCA